AUGCGGUUAUUGAAAUUUGAUGAGGCGAUAUCAAAUGAGACUGAUGGUGGUAAAAUCUGGGUGUUUUGGAAAAAUGAAUUGGAUGUGCAGGUGGUUCGCAUGAGUUCGCAGUUUGUGUCAUUAUGCAUUACCGAAGGAAGUAAUCAUUUCUUGGGUAAUUUUAUUUAUGCAAAGUGUAAUAGGCUUGAACGACAGCUGCUUUGGGAGGAGUUGAAUUCGGAUAGAAUGGGUGGGGAGCCGUGUUUCUUUGCUGGGGAUUUCAAUGUAAUUCGGUCGGAUAUUGAGAGGUGUGGUGGGCGUCCGAGGAAUAGAGUUGCAAUUGAUGAGUUUAAUAAAUGGAUUCAUCAGGGUGGGUUGUUGGAAAUGAAUUCACAAGGUGGUAAGUUUACAUGGUGUAAUGGUCAGCAAGGUUUAUCUAGAGCUUGGGCAAAGCUGGAUAGAGUUUUACUUGAUGCAAAUUUUCUAUCUCUUUUUCCGACUGCUCAUUGUUUGUAUCUUCCUAGGACUACAUCGGACCAUUGUCCUAUGGUUAUAGAAUUUUUAAGUGAUCCUUUCUCUUAUGGUCCACCUCCAUUUCGUUUUCAGCAAAUGUGGGUUGAGCAUCCGGAUUUUAUGACUCUUGUUCAAAAGGUUUGGUAUGAAUCGGUUAUUGGUUCGGGGCUGUUUAAAUUAGCCACUAAACUUAAAAAACUUAAGGUGGCGUUGCGUGUAUGGAACAAGAGUGUAUUUGGGAGAACUAAUACUCAGAUUGCUAUUCUUGAAGAUAAGAUUGAGAAUCUGGAAAAUUUGUUGCAGAGAGGUUGGGAUGAUGAUAUUGAAAGGGAAUUAGUAAGGACUUCUAAUGAGUUGUCUUCUUGGAGGAUUAGGGAGGAUAUUAGAUUGGCACAAAUGGCUAAAAUUAAGUGGAGAAUGGGUGGUGAUAGGAAUACAAAAUUUUUUCAUGUGUGGUUAUCUAAUAAAAAGCAUAGGAAAAUUCAUCAGUUAAGAACCUCGAAUGGGUUGGAGUUUAAUUCUCCGGAAGCAAUUCAUCUUGGAGCUGUUGAUUAUUUUUCUGAUUUUCUUCAAAGAUCUAAUCCGGUUAGGGAGGUGCCUGAUUUAUCUAGUUUAAUUUCGUCGGUUAUUAAUGAUGAGGAUUGUGUCCGGCUUUGUGGGAUCCCUUCGUUGGUUGAAGUGAAAGAGGCUCUAUCAACUAUUCCUAUUAAUAGUUCUCCGGGGCCAAGGUCACUAGGGAACGAAUUAGAUGUAUAUCUGCAACCACUGAUUGUAGAGUUGAAAGAGUUGUGGGAUCAGGGUGUUAGUACAUAUGAUAUGGUCUCGUCGCCAGAGUUCAAGAUGCAUGCUGCAGUGAUGUGGACAAUAAAUGAUUUCCCCGCAUAUGAAAAUUUGUCUAGGUGGAGCACAAAAGUGGGUCAUGAGGAGGCUGCGAGGAAUGUGAAUGGCAUGCCAAAUCUUGACAGGAACAAUGACACACAUGAAAGUGGGGAUGAGGCACCCUUUUGA